AUGUAUACUAAGGCAGAUAAAGAGAUGAUCCGGAUUACAGAAGAGGAUAAAGAGAUAAUCCGUAAUCAUUUUUGUCAUGAAAUACAUAGAAGGAACACGUUCAUCAAACAACUUAAUAGAACUGAUGUACCCAUCAGCCAGUCACUAUUGGCCAAAGCUGGAUUCUUCUAUAUUAUGGGACAUGUAAAAUGCUUUUCUUGUGAUUUAACAAUUGACCCGGAAAAUCUCAGAACAUCAGAUGACAUUAUAAAGAUUCACAAGGAGAAAAGCCCCGAAUUUGUAUUUACAAUAGACGAACCAGAUAUAAAAGCUGUAUCCAAUGCAGGAAAAAUGGAAGACCAUGCAUCUCUAGAAGCUGUAUCCAAUGCAGAGAAUAUGGAAGACCAUGCAUCUCUAGAAGCUGUAUCCAAUGCAGGAAAAAUGGAAGACCAUGCAUCUCUAGAAGCUGUAUCCAAUGCAGAAAAUACCAAGAUUAGAGACAAUAUUUAUGAAGAAAAAGAGAUAUUCCGUAAUUAUAUUUGCCAUGAAAAUAACAGAUUGCAUACAUUCACACGAAAUACAUUCGAAGAAUCUGGUCAUAAAGUACCCAUCAAACUAAUCAAACUAUUAGUCAAAGCUGGAUUCUUCUACAUUAGGAAACAUAUAAG